UUCAACAUGGCGCUUCAAUGGCCGGGAAUUGUUCAUAAUUCAUAUUAACUUAUAGUAUUAGUGCUCAUUAUCGAUUACAGAGGAACAAUCAGAUUUCAUUCGGAAUCGGUCAGGAUGGCGUCAGACAACGGAGAGGAGAAGGUCCGGACCAGUGUAGCCUUGCAGUUCUUCAGCGGGGAGGAGGAGUCGGCUGCUGACAUGACGACCAGUGAAAAGGUCGUGGAACUGCUGAACCAGGCUGCGCUCAUCUCUACAGAGAGUAAACUAACAGUAUUGAAACAGGUUCAAGAGUUAAUCAUCAACAAAGACCCCUCUUUGCUCGAUAAUUUCCUCGAUGAAAUCAUAGCUUUUCAGACAGAUAAAUCAAUGGAAGUGAGAAAACUUGUCAUCGGCUUCAUCGAGGAGGCCUGUAAGAGGGACAAUGAGCUCCUCCCGAAGUUGAUUGCCAACCUGAACAUGUUGCUGAAGGACGAGAGCGUAAACGUGGUGAAGAAGGCGAUUCUUACCCUCACUCAACUCUACAAGGUCGCUCUGCAGUGGCUUGUGCGAUCUAAGAGCGUGUCGGACAUGCAGGAGGCAUGCUGGGAUAUGGUGACACAGAUGAAGGAGGACGUUUUGGCGCUGCUCGACUCUGAUAACGACGGCGUGCGAACGCACGCCAUCAAAUUCACGGAGACUCUCAUCAUCACCCUGUCCCCGAGAACGCCCGACUCGGACGUGCCCAAAAAACAGGAGGGGGACAUCAGCCUGGACAAAAUCCCUCGAGAUCAUUCGUACAUUCGUUACGAUGCUCUGUGUGAGGAGGGUAGGUCUGCUCUGGAGCAGUUGUUGAAGUUCAUGGUUCACCCAGCCAUCUCUAGCAUUAACCUGACCGCGGCUCUGGGCUCCCUGGCUACACUGGCUCGCCAGCGGCCCAUGUUCAUGUCUGAGGUGGUGCAGGCCUAUGAGACGCUGCAUGCAAACCUGCCUCCAACCCUGGCCAAGUCUCAGGUGAGCAGCGUCCGGAAGAACCUGAAGCUGCACCUUGUGUCGGUGCUGAGGCAUCCCAGCAGUCUGGAGUUCCAGGGCCAGAUCAGCACUCUGCUCCUGGACCUGGGCAUGACCCAGAACGACAUCGCCCGCCUCACCCCCGCCCCGCGGGAACCACGGAAACGACCCCGACACGAACCCCACAGCGAGGGCAAGAGGAUCAAAAUGGAGCCCACUUUGAUAGAGGAUGAUGAGGAUAAGGAAGAGCCAGCUCCAGUCACGCUACCCAAACCCUCAGCCUCCGCGGGGACGCAGUCCGCCAUCGACCUCACCGCUGACUUCCUGUUACCCUUACUCACGCCAGACAACGUAGCCAACCUGGUUCUCAUCAGCAUGGUGUACCUGCCCGAUGUGAUGCCAGCCUCUUUCCAGGCUACGUACACGCCCGUGGAGUCGGCCGGAACCGAGGCCCAGAUCAAACACCUGGCCCGGCUCAUGGCCACACAGAUGACUGCCGCUGGCAUCGGACCGGGACUGGAGCAGUGUAAGGCCCGCGAUGAGGAGGUAAAGGAGAGAGAGGGAGAGGGGGCAGCGGACGUGUCGUCCAGCUCCAAAGACCCUCUUAUCAUCCGCCGGAUGUCUGGGUACGGUCAGGCCAUUUCUGUCCUGGGAUCUCACACGGGCAAGAGCCAAACCCCGCCUGAACCCGAGGCGCCGCAACCCAAGAGACUGCCGGAGCCUAUCCUGCCCACCGCCAAGCCAAAAGCACCUGGGGCUAGUGGACGGAAGAAAGUGUUCCGAUUGGCUGAUGUAGUUCAGCCUCUGUCGUCUACUCAGCUGGAGAAGUUGACUAACAUGGCCAUCGAACGCAUCCUCCAAUCAGAGAAGGCUAUUGCUCAGAGUGGAAUGUCUCAUGUUCGGGUGAAGCUGCUGGCCCGUCUGGUGACCCAGUUUGAGGGGGUGAUGAAGGAGGACCUGCUGAAGUUCAUUCUGGAGGACAUCCGGAGCAGGAGCGACCUGGCCUUCUCGCUGCUCUAUCAGGAAUAUAACGAAUACCUCAGCCAGCUGCCCUCUGCCUCCCUGGACAGCUACGAGCACUGUCUGUUCACCCUGCUCUCCGGCCUGCAGGAGAAACCAGAGCAGAGGGACGGACUCUUCACAAAGCUUGUGUUGGAGGCCCCUCUGAUCACAGAGUCUGCCCUGGAGGUUAUAAGACGGUACUGUGAGGAUGAGUCGCGUGUCUACCUGGGCAUGACCACGCUGAAGGAGCUGAUCGUGAAACGCCCUUCCAGACAGUUCCAGUACCUCCACGUUCUCCUGGACCUCAGCUCGCACGAGAAAGAGAAGGUGCGCUCCAACGCUCUGACGUUUAUCAAGCGAAUGUACGAGAAAGACCACCUGAGGGACUACAUCGAAAAGUUUGCCCUCAACUACAUGCAGCUGCUCGUCCACCCAAACCCCCCCUCCAUCCUCUUUGGGGCAGACAAAGAUACAGAGGUCGCUGCACCGUGGACAGAGGAGACAGUGAGACAGUGCCUGUACCUCUACCUCUCUCUCCUGCCUCUAAACCACCGGCUGGUCCACGAACUGGCCGCAGUCUACACUGAGGCCAUCGCCGACAUCAAACGCAGUGUGCUCCGAGUCAUUGAGCAACCUAUCAGAGGUAUGGGGAUGAACUCUCCAGAUCUGCUCUUGUUAGUGGAGACCUGUCCUAAAGGAGCAGAGACACUGGUCACACGCUGCCUGCAUAUACUCACUGACAAAGUGCCUCCGUCUCCGGAGCUGGUGAAGCGAGUAAGGGAUCUCUAUCACAAACGAGUGCCAGAUGUACGAUUUCUCAUCCCAGUCAUCAACGGACUGGAGAAGAAAGAAGUGAUCCAGGCCCUGCCCAAACUCAUCAAACUCAACCCCAUCGUUGUGAAGGAAGUGUUCAACAGGCUCCUUGGCACACAGCAUAGUGAGGGUAGCUCCUCCAUGUCUCCUCUCACCCCGGGAGAACUCCUCAUCGCCCUGCACAACAUAGACUCCACCAAGUGUGACAUGAAGUCCAUCAUCAAAGCCACUAACCUGUGUUUCGGGGAGAAGAACGUGUACACCUCGGAGGUGUUGGCGGUGGUGAUGCAGCAGCUGAUGGAGCAGAACCCCCUGCCCAUGCUCCUCAUGCGUACGGUCAUCCAGUCCCUCACCAUGUACCCCCGCCUGGGCGGCUUCGUCAUGAACAUCCUGUCCCGUCUCAUCCUCAAACAGGUAUGGAAGUACCCAAAGGUUUGGGAAGGUUUCGUGAAGUGUUGUCAGCGAACUAAACCCCAGUCCUACAGCGUUCUUCUGCAGCUGCCCCCUCCUCAGCUGACCAGCGUGUUUGAGCGCUGCCCAGAGCUGAGAGAGCCCCUCCUUCAGCACGUCCACUCCUUCACCCCACACCAGCAAGCCCACAUUCCCUCAUCAAUCAUGGCCGUCCUGGAGGCCAACACCAAGAUGCCUGAGCCUGCUCCCAUGGAGGUACCAGAGGAAAGAGAGGUGCAGGCCCAGCACGUUGCAGUGUCAGUGGUGCAGACAGAAGCUUCGGGCCCCGCCCCAGUAGCACUGAAUGAGCCCGAACCCCAGGCCCAACCUCUAUUGGUCAGAACUGAGGAAGAGGAGGAGCCUAUGGAGGAAGGAGAGGUGGCGACCGCCAGCCAAGAGGACUCCGCAGAUGCCGUCUCACAGGAGGACGUUCCUGAAGCAGUAGAAAGUUCUGGUCCUGAGUCACAUGAGAAGAGUGAGGAAAAGAUGGAGGAGAUGCACACUGAAUCGUCCGACGCUACUGAGCACUCAAAAGACGCGGUGGAAGACAGUGGUGCGGAAGCCGAGACAGCUACGGUCGAUGCUGAGCAAGACCACUAGAAACAGAAAGGCAAUAAUUGCUUAAACUGCUGAUUUGAGCAAACUCAAGUUAUGAUCAUCUUUGUCUUUAUCAUCGACCUCAAAGGGUUUCAUCAGUGUCAGGAAGUAACGUUUCUGAUGUUUGCAGAGAAUUGGUGAAAAGCUGAAAUUAAAGCAGGUGUAAUAGAUUAUUUUGUUAGAUGUUUAUUCAAAAUUUGUUUGAAAAAUAAGAGAAAGGAAAAAAAAAAAAAGAAAAAUUUCAUCUCCCUUAACAGUCAUUCCCAAACGCAAUGU